AUGUCGAGAUGGUGCAGGAAAUUAGAAAGAUUCCAGCAUCCCUGCAAGAAAACAACGCACUUCCUCAAAUCCAAGUUAAUGGAAAGGACACCUUCAUCAGCAGACGUGGGAGGAAGUCCUCGCUUUGCAAGUAACAAAUAUAACACUGGCGACGAGGAUGCGACGGAUUUAAAAGAGCACCGCUAUGGCUACGCAACGUGCAAAAUGAGCAAAAGGGAUAAAAUGGCAAUGAUAACGGGACAUUUCGGGCCAUUCGAUGAUUCAGUUGAGCAAUGGGGCGAUUAUACAGAGAGAUUUGAGUUUUUUGUGAAAGCCAACGCCAUUGACGAUGACUUGAAAGUGCCGACAUUUCUUAGCGUUAUCGGGGCAAAGACAUUUAGUCUACUGAGAAGUUUGGUACGGCCAGGAAAACCCGGUGACAAGUCAUUUGAUGAUAUUGCAAAGAUUCUGGACUCACAUUUUUCGCCUAAGCCGUUACUACUAGCUGAAAGAUUUAGAUUUCACAAACGGAACCAGGAAGAAGGCGAGUCUGUUGCUCAAUAUGUAGCGGUACUCAAGAAACUUACAGAAUAUUGUGAAUUUGGUGCUAAUUUGGAUGACGCCUUACGGGACAGUCUAGUGUGCGGAUUGAGAAAUGAGGGCCUUCAGAAGCGGUUACUCACUGAGGCCAACCUCAUAAUGCAGAAAGCGAUUGAGAUAGCCGUGUCUAUGGAGCUGGCUGCUAAAGAAGCACAGCAGUUAGGGGCAGCUGCUAGAAAAGAAAAUAAAACUGACAGUGAGACUGAUUCUGAGGCUGAGCUACUAAUUAAAACACUGAAUAAAAAAAGAGGCUCAGCAGCAUAUACUAUUACUGCCAUGCUGGAAGGGCACCCUGUGAAGAUGGAGGUGGAUACUGGAGCAGCGGUCUCCCUAAUAUCAGAGAAACUGUUUAAGAAAAAAUUAAAUCACCUUCCACUGAAACACCCUAAGAUCAUAAUAAAGACAUACACUGGGGAGAGUGUGCCUAUGUUGGGUAAAACAAAGGUUCAGGUUGAACUAAAUGGGCAAAGAACCAAAUUGCCUGUAUAUAUUGUAAAAGGUGAUUAUCCAGCUCUGAUGGGCAGAUCGUGGCUAGAAAAAGUACAGUUGGAUUGGACCAAAGUGAAUGCUGUGUCUGUUGAACAGUCCGAGUUGAAUUUGGUCCUGAGAAAGCACCAAGCUGUAUUCCAAGAGGAACUGGGGAGUAUAACAGGGAUUAAAGUGACACUCCGGGUGCAACAAAAUUGUCAGCCAAGAUUUUUAAAGGCAAGGAGUGUUCCUUACGCUUUAAGACCUAAGGUGGAGGCGGACAUUGACCGGCUUGUCAAACUAGGAGUCCUAGACCCUGUUUCUCAUUCUGAGUGGGCCACACCUGUGGUUCCGGUGGUCAAGUCUGAUGGAUCUGUACGAUUAUGUGGGGACUUUAAGGUAACAGUUAACCCUGUACUCAUAGCUGAGCAAUACCCCCUUCCUGUGAUUGAAGAUAUUUUUGCUGGAUUAGCUGGGGGAAACAAAUUUAGUAAAAUAGACCUCAGCCAAGCAUACUUGCAAAUGCAUGUAGAUGAGGACUCACAAAAGUACCUCACCAUAACAACACAUAAAGGGCUGUACCGUUAUUGUCGUUUACCCUUUGGAAUUACUUCAGCACCAGCGUUAUUUCAGCGUGCCAUGGAUCAGAUCCUUAGUGAAUUACCAGGGGUACAGUGUUACCUGGAUGACAUCCUGGUCACAGGGCGAGAUGACAAGGAGCACAUGGCCAAUCUGGAUAAAACCUUAAGCAGGCUAGAAAAGUAUGGGCUGCGUGUAAACAAGGAGAAAUGUGACUUUUUCAAAAUGUCUGUGGAGUACCUAGGACAUGUUAUUGAUUCUGAGGGGUUGCACACAGCUCCUUCAAAAUUGAGUAGCCCUGCAAUAGUAGAUGCCCCUGCUCCAAGCAAUGUCAGCCAACUGAGAUCAUUCUUGGGUCUCGUGAACUAUUAUGGGCGUUUCAUUCCACAGCUAGCAACGUUGUUGAAACCACUCCAUGAGUUGCUGUGUGAGAGUAGACCCUGGAAAUGGUCACAGGAGUGUGAAACGACAUUUAGCAAAACCAAGGCCGCGCUGGCUGAUAAAAGAGUUUUAACACAUUUUGACCCAUCCUUACCAAUUCAGUUAGCUUGCGAUGCAUCCCCUUACGGUGUUGGGGCUGUGGUGUCGCAUAUUAUGUCAACAGGUGAGGAGCGACCAAUUGCAUUUGCGUCAAGAACAUUGAGUAAAACUGAAACAAAAUAUCCUCAAAUUGAAAAAGAGGCUUUAAGCAUCAUUUUUGGAAUAAAAAAAUUCCACACUUACCUCUUUGGUCGAAAAUUUACCCUGCUAACAGACCACAGACCUCUCACGUCUAUUUUUGGCUCACACACUGGUGUACCAUCUAUGGCAGCAAGCAGACUGCAGCGCUGGGCAUUGCUUCUUGGGGCUCACAAUUAUGAGAUCAAAUACAGGCGUUCGGAGGCACAUGGAAAUGCAGAUGGUUUGUCAAUUAAGCAAGAAACCAAGGGUGAUUAUACACUGUCAAAACUACUCACCUGCAUUCUUAAAGGGCAGGACCUUAGCACCCUUAAUGCACUGCCUGAUGUUCAGCCUUACCUUUCACGGGGAAAGGAGCUAUCUGUGACAGCAGGAUGCCUCAUGUGGGGCAUGCGAGUAAUUAUACCACAAAGGUUGAGGAAACCCAUUCUGGAUGAGUUACAUCUUGGACACUGUGGUAUAGUCCGAAUGAAAGAGCUAGCCCGGAGUUAUUUUUGGUGGCCUGGACUGGAUCGUGAUAUUGAGGAAAAGGCAAAUUCAUGUUCAUCAUGUCAAGGCCUCAGAAAUAUGCCAAGUCCAGCACCAUUGCAUCCAUGGGAAUGGCCUGCCAGUCCUUGGCAACGCAUUCAUUUAGAUUUUGCAGGACCUGUAGAGGGUGUUAUGGUUCUGGUCGCAGUGGAUGCACAUUCUAAGUGGCCUGAGAUCACUGUCAUGCCCGACAUCACAUCAGAAAAGACAAUCCAAACCUUAAGAGAGAUGUUUGCACGUUUUGGACUGCCAGAGCAGAUCGUGACGGAUAAUGGGCCUUCUUUUGUAUCCCAAGAAAUGGAAGAAUUCCUAAAAGGUAAUGGUAUUAAACAUCUCCUAUCCAGCCCUUAUCAUCCUUCAACUAAUGGCCUGGCUGAAAGAAUGGUGCAAACCCUUAAACAUGCUCUUAAAGCAUCCAAAAGUGAAGCACCAUUCAAACAACGUCUUUAUACCUUUCUUCUUAAAUAUCUUGACACACCCCAUGCAACAACAGGUAUGUCACCAGCUGAUCUGUUCCUAAAAAGGCAGCUGAGAACACGUCUUGAUUUGUUGAGACCAGCUACCACUCAAAUGAGAGUUUAUGAUAAGCAGCACGAUCAAGUAAAACAACGUGCCAAGCGGGCUAAAGAUCGUGAGUUUUUCAGUGGAGAUGCUGUCCUUGCUCGUAAUUAUUCCACCACUGAGAAAUGGGUACCAGCAACCAUUCUUCAAAAGACUGGACCUGUCUCUUAUAAGGUAUGCACACGAGACCACCAGACAUGGAGACGACAUGUUGAACAGCUGUUACCCUCUAUACCUGUUGAAGAAGCCGGUAGCACAGAAACGUCUGAGGAACCUAGUUUUAGUGAGUUGAUCCAAAGCCAGCCAGGAAUACCACCUGACUCUCCUGUUUCAAUUCCUGCCGAUGCUGUCGUGCCAAGGUUACCUGAGGUUGCCUUAGGGGAUGAACACACCUCAGCUGUACGACGUAACCCUCUCAGAAGCAGGAAGCCUCCUGACCGUCUUAACUUAUGA